AUGAAAGAGCCCAUAUUUUCAGCAGUUACAGAUACUGUCAUGCCUAUUAUUACUUUGCUAAAAUGUAUUGCAUUUAAGCCAAGAUGUAUAGUUAGAAUAUCAUCAGAAGGACUUAAAUUGACAGUCGAAGACAGCCUUUCAUUACAAGCCCAUGCUUUUCUGGAUAAAAGUAUGUUCUCAUUUUAUCGCUUUAAUUCUUCUAGUCAAGAAUCUAUGGACAAUAAUAAUAGCCCUAAUACACCAAUAUUUUUUACAGUUUCACUUUUAGCUAUGCUAGAAUGUUUUAACAUUAUGAACAAUGACUUAAAAGAAAAAAAUUUUAUACUUAAUAAAAAAUUACAACAAAAUAUUUUACGUGUAGGAGGUAGUUGUCAUUUAUCUUAUAUUGGUGAUGGGCAUCCUUUUGUUUUUAUAAUACAGGAGAGUGGAAUGGUUACAACAUGUGAGCUUACUACAUUUGAAAAAGAAGAUAUUACUGACAUAUUUUUACAAAACAAUAUGUUAAAUCAAAAAAUUAUUAUAAAAGUAGAAAGCGAGUCACUUUAUGAUGCUAUACAAGAAUUAGAAUUCACUUCCAGUGAAUUACUUACAAUACGUUCAUCACCACAAUAUCCAUACUUACGCUUGAGUUCAGUUGGUACUAUGGGAAGUGUAAUAAUAGAUUAUACAAAUGAAAAAGAUGUUAUUGAGACAUUUUCUUGUUCUAGUGUUGUAGAAAAUAGUUAUAAAUUUUCCAUGAUACGACAUUCAAUGCAUGCAAUGUCUUCAGCAAUCAAAGUAAGCAUUAGAACAGAUCAAAAUGGAGUAUUAAGCAUGCAGUUUAUGAUUGAGACGGGAGAGGGGAAAUAUAGUUUUGUUGAUUUUAGAAUGUUAUCAAGCACAGGAAUAGAAAAUAAUUUUUAUAAUGAAUAA